GCAUGGAUCAUUGGAUGCGAUGCAAACUCACGUAAACAAGCAGUAAAUGGGCACAAGCCUAAGCAUAUUGUUCUUUGACAUUGCUACUCAAGAUGGACGUAACAAAGGCUUCAAUCAGACAGAGAGUGUGGAACUUUCUGGAAGAGAAGAAUAUAGCCUGUUUUCCCAGACCAGUUCACCAUCGCAUCCCAAAUUUUAAGGGUGCCGCAGCAGCCAAUGAGAGGCUCAAACAUCUCGAUGCUUUCCAGACAGCUAGAACUGUGAAGGUCAACCCUGACAAGCCGCAGGAACAGGCUAGGUUCCUCACUCUGGAAGCUCGCAAAACUUUGCUUGUGCCGACUCCACGUCUGCGUUCAGGUUUAUUCAACCGCAUCGUACCGCCUCCAAACCCUAACAAAGAGGACUUGAGGAAAUGCUCCACCUCUCAGGGUGUCAAACAGUUCAGCCUGCCCGUUGGUCUGGACAGUAAAAUGACAGUGGAUAUUGUCAUCAUUGGCUCUGUAGCGGUCAGUAGAAAAGGCUUUAGAAUUGGUAAAGGCGAAGGUUACGCCGACAUGGAGUUCGCCAUGAUGUCGACCAUGGGGGCCGUUGACCAGAACACGGUUGUCGUGACCACCGUCCACGACUGUCAGGUGAUGGAUGAUAUACCGGACCACCUGAUUGGGUCACAUGACCUCACAGUGGACUACAUCCUCACACCGACAGAGACCAUCCGUUGCGACUGCGACAGACCCAAGCCGUCUGGUAUUGUGUGGUCGAAACUCAACGCAGAGAAGUUUUCGCAGAUCCCGAUUUUGAAAACCUUGCGUUACAAGGAACAGAAAGCUGGAAAGGAUGUUAGACUUAAAGAUGAGAUUGAUGAUGGUACCCAAAACCAUGGUAACCAGAGGACUGAUGCAGUGAAAAACUAAAGCUUUACACUUUGUGUAUGUAUAGUAACUGUCACUUAUCGAAAGUAGAGUCUGAAAUAAAGUCUUCCGGGAUUACACACGAAAAUGGGAGUUAAGUAACAAAAAAAAAAAAUAUACAACUUUUGCUGGCAGUUAGUUUUUGCCUUUAAGGUUUUAAAGAGACAUUGCCAAAGAAAUCCUUAAUUUUUUUGACACUUGGCCACUUUAACUGCGCAUGCGCACAAUGACAUGGGUCACAGGAUAUCUGGGAUAAUCAAACGCUUAUCGAAGGCACAUGAACGUGCAAGGAGACGGUCGCAUGAUGCUUCACGUUAAUAACAAGCAGAAUGGCAUUUGCGCAACAUCUCUCAUACAAGACGCUUGUCAGAAUUUUUUGCCCAAAUGACCUUUGACCUGGACUACUUCAUCGAAAUACCAAACUGGCUUAGGCCAAAAAAAAAAAGUCUCCAGUUUCUGGUAUGCGCGCGCGUCGCCGUAGCCAUGC